AUGCUUGACCCCAGAGGUACAUUGCGGAAUAGACCAACAAGCAGCCGACGCGGAGACCAAAUACUCCCCGCCACUCUGGUCUCCACAACUCACCCAGACAUCAGAAUCACAAGCUCCUUUGGUCCCAACGCAACUUGCCUGACCUGGAGAAUUCCAAAUCAUACAGCACGGUGUGCAAAACUGAAAAGCCCAAAACAAUGUGUCCCAGUUGAAAUCCUGGCUGGACUGUCUGAUGCCCUGGGCGCGGUGGAAA